AUGGCCAAGGACGAAGGGAAGCUGCACGAGCGGGAAAGCAAGGAAGUCGCGGUCCUCAACGAGCGCAUUGAGCUCGAGACGCCGGCGCGCGGCUCGCAGAUGGACGACGUCGAGUCCUUCGACGUGCUGCCGCUCUCCAUGUCGACCAAGAACGGCCUCAAGCGCUGCAAGUUCACCAAGCCCACCAAAAUUCAGAUUGGCGCGAUCCCGCACGCGCUCGCCGGGCGCGACAUCCUCGCCGCGGCCAAGACGGGUUCCGGCAAGACGCUUGCCUUCCUGAUCCCGCUCAUCGAGAAGCUCUAUCGUCUGCGCUGGGACGUGGAAGAUGGUCUUGGCGGCCUCGUCAUCUCGCCGACGCGCGAGCUCGCGCUCCAGAUUUUCGAGGUGCUCCGCGGCUUUGCCAAGACGCACACGUUCUCGGCGGGUCUCGUCAUUGGCGGCAAAAACUUCCAGGAAGAGCAGUACCGCAUCAUCAAGAUGAACAUUCUCAUUGCGACGCCCGGUCGUCUCCUGCAGCACAUGGAACAGACGCCGAACUUUGACCUCUCCAACCUCCAGAUGCUCGUCUUGGACGAAGCCGAUCGCAUUCUCGAUAUGGGCUUCUCGACGCAGCUCGCGAGCAUCAUCGGUUUGAACGAGCCCGAGUACGUGGCGGUCCACGAAAAGUCGACGACCGCGACGCCGAGCGGCCUCACGCAAAACUACCUCGUGUGCGAAGUGGGCCAGAAGCUCGACGUGCUCUUCGCCUUUAUCAAGUCGCACCUCAAGCAAAAGACGAUUGUGUUUGCGUCGACGUGUCGCCAAGUGCGCUUCAUCCACGAAGUGCUUUGCAAGAUGCAGCCCGGCGUGCCGCUCAUGGCGCUCCACGGCAAGUACAAGCAAGGCAAGCGCGUCGAUGUCUACUACAACUUUUUAAACAAGCCGGCCGCGGUCAUGUUUGCGACCGAUGUUGCCGCCCGCGGUCUUGACUUCCCCAACGUCGACUGGGUCGUGCAGCUCGACGCGCCCGAAGACGUCGCCAACUACAUCCAUCGCGUCGGUCGUACCGCCCGCUACAACAAGAACGGCCGCGCGCUCAUGCAGCUGCUGCCGUCGGAAGAAGAAGGUCUCCUCAAGGGCCUCAACGAAGCCAAGAUCCCGAUCGCCAAGAUCAAGGUCAACCCGCAAAAGACCGCGAGCACGCAGGGCAAGGUCGCGUCGAUCGUCGCCGCCGACAAGGACCUCAAGCUCAUGGCGCAGAAGGCGUUCAUGUCGUACGUCCGGUCGGCCAUGGACAUGCAGGCGCUCGCCGCGUCGUACGGUCUUCCCCACGCGCCGCGCAUGCCCUUCCUCAAGGACGCGGUCCAGACGCGCGAAGCCAACCGCGAAAAGAAGAACGUCAACCGCAAGCUCCAGGCGCUCAAGGACAAGAUCAAGGCCGAGAAGCUCCUCAAGCGUCUUGGUGGUGCCAAGCCGCCGACCAAGGCCAACAGCGACGACGACGAGAGUGAUGAUGAGGACGAUGAUGACGACGACGCCAGUGACGACGAGUUGCUGGUCGUCAAGCAGCGCCACGACUGGUCCGGCAAGAGCGGUGACAAGGGCGAAGACGAGGAUCAGGACGACGAACAACUGCCCGAUUACGAGACGACCAAGGCCGCGCUUAAGAAGAAGCAGAAGAAGAUCCGCGUUGGCGCGGCCGCGCUCAACAAGGUGGUCUUCGACGACGAAGGCAACUCGAUGACGCCGUUCGAGCGCUUCUCCAAGGCGUCGGCGGUGGCGACAAAGGAGCUCUACGAGAACGUCGAGGCCAAGGCCGAGGCCUUUACGCAACAGGUCGCGGCCCGCCUCCAGCUCAAGGACGCGGAGGAUCGGCAGCUCGAGAAGGACCGUGUCCGCGCUAAGCACGCCAAGCGCCGCAUGAAGCUCAAGGGCGAGCGCGACGACGGCAGCGACGACGAGGACGACUACGACGGCCCGCGUCUCGCCGGCGCCAGCAGCGAUGAAAGCAUGAGCGGCAGCAACGGCAGCGACGAAGAGAACGAGGAGAGCGACGCGGGCGAAUUGGAAGAUCAGGAAGCUCUCGCGCUGCAGAUGAUGGCGCGCAAGAAGCGGCGCCUGGCAUAA